AUGCUAGGCCACAUAACGAAAGGAAUAAUGACGGAUUUAAGACCACAACAGUUGAUUGCCAGCUACGAAGCUGUAAAGACAGAAGUGAUGCGCUACGCGACGGAAGUGGGCAACAACCAUGUUUCUUUGCUCCCAGUCUCUAAGCUUAAACCCGCUGACGACGUUCAGAUUCUUUAUGACCACGGAGUGCGUAGUUUUGGCGAGAAUUACGUGCAAGAACUCGUACAGAAGGCCUCGAUUUUGCCUCAGGACAUCCAAUGGCAUUUCAUCGGUGGACUGCAAACUAACAAAUGCAAAGACUUGGCCAAAGUUCCAAAUUUGUUUGCUGUAGAAACGGUUGACUCGCUCAAAAAGGCCAAGAAGCUCAAUGAGGCUCGCGCAAAAUAUAACCCCGACGCUGCCAAGAUUAAGUGUAACAUUCAGAUCAAUACCUCUGGUGAAUCUCAAAAAUCAGGACUUCUGGCAGAAGAUGAUAUCCUGGAAACAGUAAACUUCUUUUUGUCAGCGGAUGCCACACACGUGGAGCUCGCUGGUCUAAUGACAAUAGGUUCUUGGGAGGUCUCACACGCGGCUUCAGAAGAAAACCGUGACUUUGCAGUGCUAGCUCAACGGAAGAAGGAUUUGGACGCUAAAUUUGGACUGGACUUGAAACUAUCAAUGGGCAUGAGCUCUGAUUUCAAACAAGCUAUCAAUCAAGGAACUUCUCAAGUCAGAAUCGGCACGGACAUUUUCGGCGCCAGACCUACAAAAAGCGACGCCUCCGCGUGA